GGGAGUCUAGAAGCGGUGAAGCUUCUAUUUUCUAAUCCUAUCCAUCAAUACUAAUACUAUCACAACUGUUUAGUUAGUUUCAAAAGAAUGGAAGUGGCGAUGUCACUGAACGCGCUCGUACGGCUUCCUCCGUCGAGUUCAGCUUCAAGGCUCAACCUCCACGACGAAGCUUCAGCUUCACCAAUUAGGCACUCUCUUUUUACUUCCCGAAAUACCCCCAAGCCUCCUCAACGACGCAGCGCAUUCUUCGUUGUUGAAGCCAAGGGUAAAAAGGGAAUGAUGGCUCGCCAGUAUCAGCGACCCCCUCCUCCUCCCUUGCCCAAGCUCGAGGACGAUGGAAACCCCAAAUUCGUCAUCUUCAUUCGCAUGGCUGAUCUGUACAUAUGGUACCCUCUCAGCAUAGUAACGGGUGGCACCACUGCCAAAAUCAUGGUUGCAGCAAAGGAUAAUUUUCUUGGCAAGUAUAUAUACAAAGAUACACUUGAUAGAAAUCUUGCAGCAGUUAUUUACAAAGAUGAGAAGGAGAUACAGAAAACUGCAUUCAAGCAGCAUGCUGUGCUGCGGGACGCCACUGAUUUCAGAUACGGCUACAAACUUGUUGAGAAUAACAAUAUAAGAGCUGCACUUUCUACGUCGGAUGUUGUUGAGCUUCCAACACCGGAUAAGCUAAAAACCGUACUUGAUAAAGUGAAAGACUUCUUUGGAGAUGCAAAGGAGUCCUUUGGAAAGAUAACGGCCUUGGGCUCUACUGAAACUGAGGAGUCUCAGGGAGGUACAAAAGAAAAGUCCAAGGUUAAAGGAUGAAUCUGUUGCUGGGAUCGAUUUGCUUCGAUAGUUACGAAGCAGCCGAUGACUGUAUGAGCUCCGAAAUAUUCGUGGUAUUUGUGGGAUUGGUUAAUUGAAAAGGUGCCAUGCACAACAAUGCUGCUCAUGGUUUUGUUCUUAUAUAUCUGUAGACAUAACAUGACUUUUAUAUUUCUUGAGAGUGAAACACCACUUUUAUGUUGCUGAUCACAAAUGCAAUGGCAUCACUAUCAGUUCAAGAGAUUCCUAGAACUGUUGUACAAAUUACUUGUUGUAAUAUCCAUACAUUUAUUUCACACAAAUUCAUUAACUUUAUUUGGGGUUGCAA